CCGGCGGUUGAACCGGUACCCGGCCAGUACAACGGUUCAACGUCCGGUCCGGUUUUAAAACAUGCCGUAAGCUUCGGCUCCUCACGCCCGGGCCCUGACCCGUUAGACGUCUAUGAAUAACCGGCCGUCCAGCAAGUUCCAGCCAGAUCGAACGCUUAGCCCAGAAAGCAAGACGAAUCCGAGAGGGAGAGAGAGAGUUGGGGGUUUUGAUGGAGGGCGGGCAGUCGGCCGGGGUGUACUCGCUGCCGCCGAGCCGAUUCUACGGCGAGGACAUACUGUUCUGCGUGGACGUGGACGUGGAGUCGCGAACGGAGAUGAAGCUGUCGGGACCCAAGGGCCGCCCCAUCACCCGCCUCGACUCCAUCAAGCAGGCCCUCCUCCUUUUCGUCAACGCCAAGCUCUCCAUCAGCCCCGACCACCGCUUCGCCUUCGCCGUCCUCGGCCAGUCCGUCUCCUGGCUUAGGAAGGAGUUCAGCAAUGAUGUUGAUUCUGCAGUGGCAGCAGUUCGGGGACUUGUAGCAGCAAACUCAUCAUAUGGCCUCGCAGAUAUUACCCAACUUUUCCGAAUAGCAGCCCAUGAAGCAAAGAAAUCCCGCAUGCAGGGUCGCCUCUUCAGAGUGAUACUCAUUUACUGCAGAUCAUCAGUUCGGCCCCAUCAUCAGUGGCCUGUAAGUCAGAAGGUUUUCACCAUGGAUGUAAUGUAUCUUCAUGACAAGCCUAGUUCUGAGAACUGCCCACAGAAGGUAUAUGAUGCUCUUGUCGAUGCACUUGAGCAUGUCAGUGAAUAUGAAGGCUACAUCUUUGAGAGUGGGCAGGGCCUUUCCCGGGUCCUCUUCCGGCACAUGUGCAUGCUCCUUUCCCACCCACAGCAACGUUGCGUUCAAGAUGAUCUUGACAUCCCCAAGUCCCUCACAAGGAAGUCAGCACCUCCAAUUGAUGCUAUUCCCAGUGAUGAUAGCAUUUCUGUCUCCAGCCAGUAAAUUACAUGAGCAUUUCUUGUUGUAUUAGAUGACCUUUUUGACCUUUUGUAAUCUAAAAUUUGAAGCUCUGGCUUCUCUUUGUUGGCAGGCUUCUAAUCCUUGUUACUAGAGUCAACAGCAAAUUAAAAGCUACCUUUUCUUAGCAUGGCUUGCUGCCUUAAGCAACAUUUUUAGAUAAUUUUUUAACUUUGAAACAAUUGAUUAAUAACACG